GAAAAAAUUAAGCAAAGCUCGGAUGAACCUUUUUGAAUCAAAUUUUGUUUCAAGUCCUAAGAUCCGAUACCUCUCUAUCAAUGUGCUUAUAAACACAUUAAAGGAGUGUAUGUCAGGAUGGGUUAUAAUCCUGUUUUCAAAACAUAAAUGUUUAUUACUUCAGGCUAACUACAUAAUACAGCAGCGGAUACUAAAGCGACAGCGAGAGGAGUUUUAUAUGGAUAACAGAAGCACGAAGGCAAGGUUGAGAGAAAGCAUCCCUUAUUGGAUUUUCUAUAAUUUGAACUUGCCAGGUGUGGAAGCUGGAAGGGAAUUUCAGAGGUUCCAGCUGCAAGGGACCUUCAUCCAAUAAUCAGUAGUUUAGGAUGCGUAUCUCCGCCAAUUUUUCUGGUUCCAAGUUCGCAAUUAAUACUGUGAGAAUCAUGGAAUCAUCGUCUAAGGGGCAAUGGCAAGAAGUACUUUAUAACUGUCAUGAAAUGAGUGCAGCAGGAUCUCUAGUGGACCCUUCUGUGUUCCCUCCCAUUCUCAAAGCGUGCACCAACCUUGGGUGCUUGACGCAAGGAUAUUCUAUUCAUGCACGUCUUAUCAAGCAGGGAUUGGAAUCUUACCCUUCUAUCGGCAAUUCCACUCUGGAUUUUUACAUGAAAAGCGAGGAUAUGGAUUCUGCAUUGGGUGUUUUUGGUUCCAUGAGGAGCAAGGAAUCAGUUUCAUGGAACAUAGUUAUCCAUGGGUGUCUUAAUCAAGGUGCUUUUGAGGAUGGUUUAUGGUUUUUUAGGCAAGCGAGGGUUGCAGGCUUUCAACCCAACAUUUCCACCUUGGUGCUCGUACUACAAGCUUGCCGACGUCUAAGAGCUCUUCAUGAAGCUUUGAUCAUUCACAGUUUCAUAAUUCGAAGUGGGUUUUCAGAUCUUAUUUCGAUUCAGAAUUCCCUAUUGAGUGUGUACGUGGACUUCUCUGAUAUAGAAUCUGCAUGUUGUUUGUUCGACAGAAUGCCUGUUAGAGAUGUUAUAUCAUGGAGUGCGAUUAUUGGGGGAUUUGUGCAGUUUGGGGAAGCUCACGUUGCAAUCGGAUUGUUCAAAGAGAUGUUUUCUUUACCCCAUGUCCAACUAGAUGGCCUUACCGUAGUAAACGUUCUUAAAGCCUGCACUAGUCUUGGGGAAAUUGAUCUUGGAAGAAUGCUUCACGUUUUUGUGAUCUGUAGAGGUUUUAGUUCUGAUUUGUUUAUUGGGAAUUCGUUGGUUGGUAUGUAUUCAAAGUUUAAUGACUCUGAUUCUGCUUUUAAAAUUUUUUGUGAGGUUCCUCAUAGGAAUAUUGUUUCAUGGAAUUCUGUCUUAUCUGGAUUUGUCCAUAACAAGCGGAGUUCAGAAGCUGUAAUAUUGUUUAGUUCAAUGGGUGAGGCUGGAAUUGAGGGCGAUGAGGUGACUUUGGUUACUCUUCUUCAAGCAAUCAAGAACCUUGUGCACCCACUGCACUGCAAAUCUGUUCAUUCAACAGUUCUCCGGAAGGGGUACGAAUUGAACAAGCUGGUGUUGAAUUCUUUAAUGGAUGCCUAUGCUAAGUGUGAUAUGGUUGAUCUUGGUUGGAAGCUGUUCAAUAGAAUGACGAGGAGGGAUAUGAUUUCAUGGAGCACAAUGAUUUCUGGUUUCGCCCAUUGUGGCAAGCCAGACAAAGCAAUGACCAUCUUUCAGGAGAUGAAUCAGUCGCAGGAGAAGCCAAAUGCGGUUACCAUGUUGAGCCUUUUGGAAGCUUGUGCGGUUUCAGCUGAUCUAAGGAGGUCAAAAUGGGCACAUGCCAUUGCAAUUAGAAGAGGAUUGUCAACAGAGGUGGAAGUUGGAACUGCCAUCCUAAAUGUGUACUCCAACUGUGGGGAGAUAGAUCUUUCAAGAAGAGUUUUUGACCAUAUGCUUGAGAGAAACAUAGUAUCAUGGAGUGCUAUGCUAGCAGCAUAUGGUAUGAACAGUCGUGCACAUGAUGCACUUGCUUUGCUUGCUGAGAUGGAAUUGCAGGGUAUGAAGCCGAAUGCUAUAACAAUCCUUUCAGUGUUGUCAGCAUGUAGCCAUGGGGGAUUAAUUGAACAGGGGCUUAGUUGUUUUGAGAAGAUGGUUCAAAAUCAUGGGUUUGAGCCUAGUUUAGAGCAUUACUCGUGUGUCGUUGAUAUGUUGGGCCGGGCUGGGAAGCUCAAUAGUGCAAUGUCUAUCAUCAAGAAUAUGCCUGAAGGGGUCAAGGCAGGAGCCAGUGCCUGGGGUGCUCUGUUGAGUGCUUGUAGGAGUUAUGGAAACAAUGAACUAGGUAGAGGAGCUGCAGUGCAUGUCCUUGAGUUGGAGCCCUCGAACUCAGCUGGUUAUCUGCUGGCAUCAAACAUGUAUGCCGCAGGUGGAUUCUGGGACAAUGUGGCAAGGAUGAGAGGGUUGGUGAAGGAGAGGGAUGUCAAGGUUAUGGUGGGUUACAGCUUGGUGCACUUAGAGAACAAGCCACAUAGGUUUGUAGCCGGAGAUGCGACUCACCCGCAGGCUGGCGAGAUACAUGCAUUAGUGGAGUAUUUGCAUGGUUGUAUGAAGAUGGAUAGUAGAAUUGAGAUACUUGAAGAUUCCUUUCCAUGCUGAAAUUUGAUUUACCUGCGUGGAUGCAAAGAAGGUCGGGGCCAGAGGAAAAGUACUUUGGAAAAUAGACCGAUCAACUUGCUGUACGGUCCAACCUGGUUUUACUCCCUCAGGGUGAACAUUGGGCAUAUUUGGACGGCAAUCCAAUCAGACCAUGAUCUCACUACCUGGUCUGAUAGUGCUGUAGUCAAGGUCUCUCUCUAUGUGGGUUCUUUUUAAUGCCCCUCUCUUUUCCAGGUAAAAGUUUUAAAAGGUGGUUGGAUAUGUGAAAUGAAGCAUACAUUGUUGCAGCAAAUUCUCUUAAUGGAGCACAUACAGGAGGGUCCAAUUGUCCAGAACAUCCACGAUAAGAGGUUCACAUAACUAACAUUUCACAUUGACGAUGGCCCUUGGGAACGUUGAAAUCACCUUUCUUGCUCUCAGCUGUUCAACUGGCUGGUUCAGGUUUUCCUACCAAAAGAUCUUCAACAUAGACUGAUUAUUUUUCACACUACAGAAGGAAGAGUCAAGCAAGAUGAUCUGGAUCAAGUUUGGUUUUGCAGGCCUAGUUGUCCAAAAUGGAGCUUGUCUGGGCCAGAAGUAUUGUGAACCAAAAAAUACCGAACCAAUUCUCAGAUGGACAAGGAAGGAGGAGCCGUCCUUGAUCUGAUAGAUGCCAGGAGUAACAAAAUUUGAAAUUGAAUGGGGAAAGGAAGACGGGGAAGAAAAAUAAAAAUAUUGAAUGAUAUCUACACAUGGUUUCAGAAGUUGGAUCAGAAUCCCGAUUACAACUAAUGCCGAUUCCGGCAACCUAAUUUGUAAUGCCCAUGAAUGAUCUUUGAUCUUCAUUUUGGUCAUUUUUUCCUUCUCUUGGCCAUUUGUUGCUCUGUAUCUCUUACCUCUUCCGAUGGCCAAGGUCCUCACUGGAUCUUUUUUUUUUUUUUUGUCUACUGAUUCUCACUGGCGGGACUCCCAGAAUAAAGGUAACCCCUUUCGUA